AUGUGUGAGAAAGAGAGCAAGAGAGAGAGAGAGAGACAUGCAUCAGAAUUCUUUGGUAUGUGGGCAGACAUACUCCAUACCAUAUCAGAUCAUUAUUUUUGGGCAAAGCAAACACAUUUUUUUGUGAUGAAAUUUAGUCAUGGAUAACAAUACGACUGCUAAAGCAAUCUGAAAUCAUUGACAACAGAAGAGAUCAGUUAAUCCAACAGUUUAAAAGAUGGGAUGUAGCUGCAGUUCAGAUAAUUCUUGCGCCGACGAAUGGGAAGAGCACUUGGAUGAUGAAUUCUGCGAGCACUGCACCUGUCCAGGGCGUCCCCGGUCAGGCAAUCCAUACACAGAUGAGCUGAUUCCAAACCCAUCACAUUGUACUCCUCCCACCUCGCCAUUACCAGAUAACGUUGUCCUGGCGAUAUACAAAUAUGCACCCACUAGCAAAGAGGAGCUGGGCUUUGAAAAGGGAGACCACCUCAAGAUCAUUAACAAGGAUGAUCCAGAGUGGUACAUGGCAGAGUCUCUUAUCACAGGCCAGAGGGGCUUCAUCCCAUUCAACUUCGUGGCGGCCAGCAACACAAUGGAGACCGAGUCGUGGUUCUUCGCAAAAGUUUCCAGAAACGAUGCCAUCAGAAUGCUGCACGCUCCAGGAAACAUGCAGGGAUCCUUCCUGGUCAGAGAGAGUGAGACCACUCCAGGUUCAUACACCCUCUCUGUGAGGGACUUGGACCAGGACGAAGGGGACGUGGUCAAGCACUACAGGAUACGCAACAUGGACGACGGGGGCUUUUACAUCACGGCCAAGAUCUCCUUCAGCACCAUCAGGGAGUUGGUCAAGCACCACAAACGCGACGCGAGCGGCCUGUGCACGAGGCUGCUGAGCGCGUGCCAGUCCAGGGCCCCCGAGAAGCCCUGGUGGCAGGACGAGUGGGAGAUCUCCCGCGACACACUGAAACUGGAGCGCAAGCUGGGCGCCGGCCAGUUCGGAGAAGUGUGGAUGGGCAUCUACAACAAUGAACGGAAGGUGGCCAUCAAGAACCUGAAGAUCGGCACCAUGUCUGUGGAGGAGUUCCUCGCCGAGGCCAACAUGAUGAAGGCCCUGCAGCACCCCCGGCUGGUGCGCCUGUUCGCCGUGGUGACCAAGGAGCCCAUCUUCAUUGUGACCGAGUUCAUGGAGAACGGUAGUCUCGUGGAUUUUCUCAAAACGACAGAAGGAAGCAAUUUGACUUUGAGCACCCUGAUAGACAUGUCCUCUCAGGUGGCAGAAGGCAUGGCUUUUAUUGAGCAUAGGAAUUACAUUCAUCGAGAUCUACGAGCUGCCAACAUCCUGGUGUCCCACCAACACAUCUGUAAGAUUGCUGACUUUGGACUGGCAAGACUUAUCAAGGACAACGAGUACACGGCCAGAGAGGGUGCAAAGUUCCCCAUCAAGUGGACUUCCCCAGAAGCCAUCAACUUUGGCACGUUCUCCAUCAAGUCUGAUGUGUGGUCCUUUGGAAUCCUCCUAACAGAAAUAGUGACGUAUGGGCGAUUACCAUACCCUGGGAUGAGUAACCCGGAGGUGAUCCAGCAUUUGGAACAGGGCUACAGAAUGCCACGGCCGGAUAACUGCCCAGAAGGGCUCUACAACAUCAUGUUAAUGUGCUGGAGUGAGGAACCCGAGAACCGCCCUACCUUUGAGUACCUGAAGAGUGUUACGGAAGACUUCUUCACAGCCACAGAGCAGCAGUAUCAUGACCAGCCAUUCUGAAGAACAGAGAAGACAGACCAAAGAUUAAAAGGACUAAAUGUAAUGGGAAACAACGUUGUUGUUGUUGUUGUUGUGAUAGCUUCUACAACAUGGGCCUCUUCUUGCAUAACAUCCAGAGACCGAUCCCUUGCCUUAUUUAUUUGGGCAAGCUCUGCACAUGGAAAAUCUGCCAACUUGCUAGAAAUGCUGCAGAAUUAAGAGUUGUAAAUAUAUUGCUUAAUCUGCUUUUCACUUGUAAUACUUUUCACUUAAUACCAAUACAGUUACUUCAGGUUCUUACAUUGUGCAAUGAUCAAUUAAUAAAGAUCAUCCAUGGAUCUUGGAUGUAAUUCAA